CUGAGAGAAGAAUAGGAAAUAAUUUAAAUGUGGACGCGCCCAGUGUGCUAUGAUCAGUCGGUGUGUUAACACGUUUAAUAAUAAUAAUAAUAAUAGUAAUUGUUGAUUUCAAUUUUUUUUUUGAGGUUGAGUUUGAAGUUGGGUUUUCAUUUAGUUUCGGGUCUGGGUCUGGGUGUUGAAAGGUAAAGAGUUAAAAAAUGUCGGACAGCGAAGAUACUGAUGGCUCGGGAGUUGUCGAGUGGCCGGUGACGAAAGAAUGGCUGGAGAAUGUAUUGUCUAUUUAUCAUGAUGCCAAUGCUGGUAAUGAUGGCGGAGGGGGAGAAGGGGAGAGGGUAACGGGGUCAAAGGUGACGGUCGAGGAGUUCGAGGUGAGCCCUGGAUGCACUUUAGGCGAGAGUGUGUUGAGUGACAUACUCGCGGUCAGCAUGGACUACACGAUUAAUGGAGAUGACAAAGUUAAACUGAGUGUUAUUGUUAAGUUACUGCCCCAGGAUCCUUUCAGUAGGUUUUUCGUCACCGAGGCACAAUUUGAUUUGAGGGAAAUCAAAUUUUAUACCCAGGUAGUUCCUGACUUGAAAGCCUUCCAACGAAAGCAACUAGCGAACUCUAGUAGCACAGAAUUCGAGUUACCAAUACCCAAUUGUAUACACGCCCACUAUAAAUCUGCCGGGGGUACUGAGGACACACCAGAGCCACCAGAAUCAUUCUUAAUUCUAGAAAAUUUACGAACUCGCGGUUACGAAGGAGCUGAAUUUUCCCGAGGACUUACUCUAAGACAAGCAGAGGCCGCCCUAAGCGCUAUAGCGCGUCUGCACGCCCUCUCACUCAGUCUUAAAGUAAAGGAGGAUAGAUCUCUCAGUGACAAAUAUCAAUUUCUAUUUCAAACUGCGCGCGCAACUGAUUCAUAUCAGCAAUUGGUAGAGCGGGGACUGCCACAGCUGGCCCGGUUUCUAGAACGCCGCCCAGGGUCUGAGGCCGUUCUAGAAGAUCUUUUAGCUUUACGACCAAAAACAAAAGAAAUAAUUUCUUCACUUCUCGUUCCUGAAGAUCCUCUAGCAUUGAUAACUCACACUGAUUUUUGGUGUAAUAAUUUGUUAUUUAAAGAUGAAGAUGACGAAUGUAAGUGCGCCAUCUUGGAUUGGCAGAUGGUAACUUACAGCCGGCCGACCAAUGACAUCGCCCUACUGCUGGUCAGUUCAGUCCCUACGGAACUCAGGCGACUCCAUACUGCGGCACUUCUAGACAAAUAUUGGCAGACGCUCCUAGAAACUUGUCUACCUCUAGGAGUUAAUAUUCUCGAAGAUUUAAAUUAUACCAGAGAAGAUUUGGAUAAAGAUUACAGAAGAUCGCAACUACUGGCGCUGCUGCUGUGCAUUGGAUCUGUAGAUGUCGCUCUUGGCGAUCCGCUUACGGAACAAAGGCUCAUAGAUCUUUUAGAAGAUUUACAUAACGACGGAGUGCUCAGUCUAGAAACUGCUAAUGUUAUGUGAUUUUUUUUUUAAGAUAUAAAAUAUGACUUUGGAAUAUUUUAUAAUUUUUUAUGGAUUUUAAUU